CAGCAGAGCGCGAGUUGUCCCCUCUCUGGUGGGGCCAGGUUGUCCUCGACCUCGCGGGGCGUCCGCUGCCGCGCGGGACACACAGAAGGCGCUCAUUAAGUGCUGGAUGAAUAAAUAAAGGAAUGAAUGAGCCCUACCCUCCUCCGCCCAGCCCCAUUAACCCCCGGGUUCAGAGCGGCCAGGCCAGUCUCACCUCCACACUACAGUCUGGGGUGUAUGGACAUACAGCAAAUAUUUAUUGGGCGUCUACUGUGUACCUGGUUAGGGGCUAGGAAAGAGAUUCCCUGCCCCCGCAGAGGUCGCAGCCUAUAACAAAAGAGGAUAUUUUAGGGCUUUAAAUUAUGUAGUUCCCCAUAGCACAAAUAAUGCCAGAAAAAUGGCAGGGAAGGGGCUGGGAGAGGCCUCUGACUGGUGGCAUUUGAGCUGAGACCUGAAGAGCUCACUGAAGUGGGGGCGUGGGAGGUCCAGGGUGAAGUCUGUUCCACUUUGGCUCAUUGAGUCAUGUAAAGAGGACUACAUGCUUCAGCCAUUGUUCACUCAGCCAUUACUGAGCAUCUCUUCUGUGCCAGGCUUCCCGUGGCUGGACUGAGGCAUGAGGCCCUGGUAGCACAUCGAGGAGCAGGAGUGUGCACCUGCACGUGGUUUGGCCCUGCAGUGACUGCAGCAGCCCAGGCCGCCACCAUGGUGAAGCUGUUGGUGGCCAAAAUCCUUUGCAUGGUGGGCGUGUUCUUCUUCAUGCUGCUGGGUUCCUUGCUCCCUGUGAAGAUCAUCGAGACAGAUUUUGAGAAGGCCCACCGCUCGAAAAAGAUCCUCUCUCUCUGCAACACCUUUGGAGGCGGUGUCUUUCUGGCCACCUGCUUCAAUGCUUUACUGCCAGCUGUGAGAGAAAAGCUACAGAAAGUUCUGAGUCUCGGACACAUCAGCACGGACUACCCACUGGCGGAGACCAUUGUGAUGCUGGGCUUCUUUAUGACUGUCUUCCUGGAGCAACUCAUUCUGACCUUCCGCAAGGAGAAGCCUUCCUUCAUUGACCUGGAGACCUUCAACGCUGGCUCAGACGCUGGCAGUGACUCAGAGUAUGAGAGCCCCUUCAUGGGGGCCGCGCGGAGCCACACGCUCUACGUGGAGCCCCAUACCCACAGCCAUGGGCUGAGUGUCCAGGACCUGUCACACUCCAGCCCCCUGCGUCUCCUUAGCCUGGUCUUCGCGCUGUCGGCCCACUCUGUCUUUGAGGGCCUGGCCCUGGGCCUGCAAGAGGACGGGGAGAAGGUAGUGAGCCUGUUCGUGGGCAUGGCCAUCCAUGAGACACUGGUGGCCGUGGCCCUGGGCAUCAACAUGGCCCGGAGUUCCAUGCCUCUGAGGGACUCGGCCAAGCUGGCCAUCACCGUGAGCACCAUGAUCCCGCUGGGCAUCAGCCUCGGCCUGAGCAUCGAGAGUGCCCAGGGCGUGCCCAGCAGCGUGGCCUCGGUGCUGCUGCAGGGCCUCGCGGGCGGCACCUUCCUGUUCGUAACCUUCUUUGAGAUCCUGGGGAAGGAGCUGGAGGAGAAGAAUGACCGCCUGCUCAAAGUCCUCUUCUUGGUGCUGGGCUAUGCCGUGCUGGCCAGCAUGGUCCUCCUCAAGUGGUGAACGUCCUGUUGCUGUCCUCAUCAUGGUCGCCCUGCCCUGCCGGAGCCCUCGUAGAGCCCCGGGCCAGACACAAGGGGGAGCUCAGGCCCCCGGCUGCCCAGGCCACACCCCAGAUCUUGUACCCUGAAUCUCGGGGUACUGCUACUACUUGUAAAAACACUUCCCUUAAAGAUAUUUACCAAA